GGGCCUCUGUGGAUGACUGUCGGAUGGAGGCUGAAUGCAAGAGUGUCCACGAUCCGUUCUACUGUCAUCACCAACGAGGCAACUUCAGCCGCCAUUUCAUGUCGAUGAAGCCUGCGAUGAUCGGCGCCAAGGCAGAGCGGCGCGUGCUUUUCCCGGGGCCUAUCGUCGUCGGGGCUGGGCCGUCGGGGUUGGCGGUCGCCGCCUGCCUCAAGGACAAAGGCAUUCCCAGCUUGAUCUUCGAACGAUCCAACUGCAUCGCAUCGCUGUGGCAACUCCGGACGUACGACCGCCUCCGCCUCCACCUCCCGAAGCGGUUCUGCGAGCUCCCCCUGUUGCCGUUCCCCUCGUGGUUCCCGACGUACCCCACCAAGCAGCAGUUCGUCGCCUACCUCGAGGCCUACGUGCGGCAAUUCGACAUCCAGCCCGUGUUCAACGCCUCGGUGGUGGCCGCCGAGUACGACGCCGCCGCCGGCUUCUGGAGGGUGAGGACGGUGUCGUCGGGAGGAGGAAGCGAGAAGGAGAGGACCGAGUACGUGUGCCGGUGGGUGGUGGUGGCUACUGGCGAGAACGCCGAGGCCGUCGUGCCGGAGAUCGCCGGGUUGGAAGAGUUCAAGGGGCCCGUCGUGCACACAAGCUUGUACAGGAGGGGCGACGUGUACCGCAACAAGAGAGUGCUCGUCGUCGGCUGCGGCAACUCGGGGAUGGAGGUCUCCUUGGAUCUCUGCAACCACAAUGCGCACCCUUCCAUGGUCGUAAGAGACUCGGUGCACAUCCUGCCCCGGGAGAUGCUCGGCCGCUCCACGUUCGGGCUGUCCAUGUGGCUCCUCAAGUGGCUCUCCGUGAAGACGGUGGAUCGAUUCCUGCUGUUCGUCGCACGCCUCGUGCUCGGUGACACAUCAAAAUUUGGCCUCCGCCGGCCCCAGCUCGGCCCCCUCGAGUUGAAAUCCCACUCCGGCAAGACCCCGGUCCUCGACGUCGGCACCCUAGCAAAGAUCAAGUCUGGGGACAUUAAGGUUCGUCGAGUGCGCCCUGCCGUAAGGCGGAUCAUGGAACAUGGAGCAGAAUUCGCCGAUGGCACGGUGGAAGAAUUCGACGUGGUAAUCUUGGCAACCGGCUACCAGAGCAACGUACCUCGUUGGCUACAAGAGAGGGAGUUCUUCUCGGAGAAGGAUGGGUUGCCGAGGAGGCCAUUCCCAAACGGAUGGAAAGGGCGGAACGGACUCUACGCGGUCGGCUUCACCAAACGAGGCUUGCUUGGAGCAUCACUGGAUGCAUUGAGGAUUGCUCAAGAUAUCGAGCUAUGCUGCAAGACCGACGAGAACUGUCGCUAAUG